GUGGACUAGAAGAGCCUGAUGGGCUGGCACUAACUGCGCAUUGUGAGCUCAAAAGGGGACGCAGGUCAGAUCUUUCUCUACAUAUACAUAUGACAGACACACAAGCUUCAUGGUCGUGAUAACUCCUGUAAUAUAGCCAACACUGCUCUGUAGGAGAAGAGGACUUUAGCCCGGCGCAUGGUGGUUUAUUUUGACUGGAAUCAGAAUGGAGUUAAAUGGCACAGCUGGAAAACAUGGUUUGGAGGGAGAUCCAGAUCUACAGUUCCUGCUGGUCGGCGGUGACCUGCUCAAGAUUCGCUCGACCUCCUGGAAGAAGAACCGCUUCUUCAAACUGCAGGAGGACUGCAAGACGCUGUGGCACGAGUCCAAAAAAACAUUCAGGCGAAACCAGACUUUCUCCAUCGAUGACAUUGACUCAGUGCGUAAGGGCCGUCAGUCUGAGGGGCUCAACAAACACACCGAGCCCAGUGCUGAAGAGCUGUGCUUCUCCAUCAUCUUCAAGGGCCGCAAGAAAAACCUCGACCUGAUGGCGGCCAACGGGCAGGAGACGAAACAGUGGGUCAACGGCCUGGACAAGCUCAUCCACAACAUGCGCAACCUCAGCCGCCAGCAGAAGAGUGAGCAUUGGAUCAUCAACUGCAUGCGGAAAGCAGACAAGAACGAGGACAAUAAGAUGACCCUGAAGGAGCUGAAGCACUUCCUGAGACAGAUCAACGUCGAAGUGGACGACGCUUAUGCAGUGGACAUCUUCAAUAAAUGUGACAAGUCCAAUUCAGGCUCCCUGGAGGGCCCAGAGAUCGAGCACUUCUACGACCUGCUGACGCACCGCGAGGAGGUAGAUGUGAUUUAUGAGGAGUGCGCUCAAACGGACGGUCAGAUGAGCGCCAGAGACCUGCUGAACUUCCUGUUGAAUCAGCAGAGGGAGCAGGCGACCAUGGAGGACGCUCUCAAGCUGAUUGAAAAAUACGAGGUGGAUGGGACAGCGAAGCAGAAGAAGCACUUGACCAAAGACGGCUUCCUGAUGUACCUGCACCAGGAGGAGUGCUCCAUCCUCAACCCGGCCCACAAACAGGUGUAUCAGGACAUGCACCAGCCCCUCAACCAUUACUACAUCUCCUCCUCACACAACACAUACCUGAUGGAAGAUCAACUCAAAGGACCCAGCAGCACAGAAGCCUACAUCAAAGCACUGAUGAAGAGCUGUCGCUGUGUGGAGCUGGACUGUUGGGACGGGGCUAACGGCGAGCCCGUCAUUUACCACGGCUACACGCUCACAUCCAAAGUGCUCUUCAGAGACGUCAUCAAAGUCAUCAACGAUUACGCCUUCAAAACGUCUGACUACCCAGUGAUCCUGUCCCUGGAGAACCACUGCACCGUGGAACAGCAGAAGCUCAUGGCUCAUUAUUUGAUCUCCAUCCUGGGUGAUGCUUUGGUCACAAAGCCUCUGGGCAACACCAUGCCCACCAACUUCCCCUCACCUGAGGAGCUGAAGGGCAAGUUCCUCGUCAAGGGGAAGCGAUUGAACAAACUGGAUGCUGCCUUCAGCAAUGACAAUACCAUCGAGGAAGACACCGUGUCCGAGGAGGACGAGGCUGCAGAUAACAAGGAGAACGGCGGAAAAACCAAAUCAAAGAAAUCAAAAAUCAAACUUGCCAAAGCGCUCUCAGACAUCGUCCUCUACUGCAAGAGUGUUCAUUUUAGUGGCUUCGAACACGCCAAGGAAAACCAGGCCUUCUACGAGAUGUCGUCCUUCAAGGAGAGUAAAGCGUUCAACCUGGCCGACACUUCAGGGACCGCCUAUACCCAUCACAACAUGGACAAACUCAGUAGGAUCUACCCCGCGGGCUCCAGGACCGACUCCUCCAACUAUAACCCAGUGCCCAUGUGGAACGUUGGCUGCCAGAUAGUGGCGCUGAACUUCCAGACUCCCGCCAAGGAGAUGCACCUAAACCAGGGUCGGUUUCUGCCAAACGGUCUUUGCGGCUACGUCCUGAAACCCGAAUUUCAGAGAGUCCUGUCCUCCCAGUUUGAUCCCAGCACGCUUUCCAAUGGGCCCUGGCUACAGAGGAAGACCUUUAGUGUGAUGGUGAUCUCAGCUCAGCAGUUACCUAAACUCAACAAGGACAAACAGAAGUCCAUCGUUGACCCUCUGGUGAGAGUGGAGAUCUACGGCGUCCCAGCAGACAACGCCAGCAAGGAGACACACUACAUCGAUAACAAUGGGUUCAACCCGAUGUGGAACGAGACCUUCACGUUUGACAUCCAAGUCCCAGAGCUGGCCAUGCUGCGGUUUGUGGCGGAGGACUAUGACUCAACAUCCCAGAAUGAUCUCAUUGGGCAGUACUGUCUACCGCUCACCAGCGUACAGAACGGGUAUCGCCACAUCCCGCUGCUCACCAAGCGAGGUGACGUCAUCUGCUCUGCAGGACUGUUUGUGCAUCUCAUGCUCAUAGACGCCGAGUAGGCUCGCUUGGUUUGGAAAAACCUUCAAGGAAAUUCUAAAAGAAUUUGUCCAGUUUUAAAGCUAAAUAUAAUUUAACUCUGAUCAAAUAUGUUUGUCUUCUUGCCAAGGUGCCGACUCAUCGAUGUCUGCGUAACACUUUUUCCUGUCAUUGUAUAAUUGUAGCUUUUUUUAAAAAAAGUAUGGUUGAGAGUAACAAAGAAAGAGUGAAUGAAAACUGUGAAUGAAAGAGCAAAGUAUUUAAAGAAACUGUGUUUGCCGUAUCGGGGCGAAGUACAAUAAUUGGAGGAGUAAAGUGUGGAUUCCAGUUUAAGAUAUUUCUGAAUAGUAUUUUAACUUUGUUUUUAUAGAUUUCUUGAGGCUUUAUAUUUCCCUUCAGAAUCAUACAAAUCAUGUAAACACAACAAGCACUCAACUGUUUAAAAGACUCCUCUCAUUUUAGUUCUAUAAUGAUGUUGGUCUCUGUUUGUGCCCAUUGAGAGAGCCACUGUGUUGAGGUGUCCAUUCAUUUUGAUGAAUGCUCCACAAUGUUUUUCAGUGUUUUUAUUUUUUAACAAACUUCCUUUUGACAAUAAUAUGAUGAGCAAGAUCAAGAAAUUAACUGUAUCAUACACGAAUAUGCUCUUAACACAUUGAACCUUAAUUCACCUUAUCAAGUAUUUCAUGUCAAACAAAUCUUUUUAAUUUAUCUGCAUUUGCACUAGCUCUCAAAUAAAACCAGCAGAGUCUCUGA